AUGGAUAACCAUGGCGCUCCAUUGAGUAAUUCUUUCACCGAUCAGCGUUCCGUCUCGGGUACUAUUCGUAGAAUACGCCUUGAGAAUUUCAUGUGCCAUAGUAAUCUCGAGAUUGAGUUCGGCGAGUGGGUCAAUUUCAUCACCGGCCAAAACGGAAGUGGUAAGAGUGCGAUAUUGACUGCUCUCUGUGUUGCAUUUGGAUGUCGAGCCAAGGGGACUAAACGCGCUUCCACGCUCAAAGAUUUCAUAAAAACUGGAUGCAGCGAUGCCCUUGUUCAUGUCGAAAUGAAUAACAAUGGAGAGGAUGCUUUUAAGCCUGAGAUAUAUGGUGAUGCUCUGAUUAUUGAACGCAGGAUAUCUGAUUCUACUAGCUCUACGGUUCUCAAGAAUCACCAAGGAAAGAAAAUAUCAAACCGAAAAGAUGAGCUACGGGAACUAGUUGAACAUUAUAAUAUUGAUGUUGAGAACCCAUGUGUGAUAAUGAGCCAAGACAAUAGCAGGGAGUUUUUACAUUCUGGAAAUGACAAAGAUAAAUUCAAGUUCUUUUACAAGGCAACACUUCUUCAACAAGUCAGUGGUUUACUUGAAAGUGUUGAUACAAGCUUGAAAGCUGCAAAUGCUCUUGUGGAUGACUUGGAGGAAACAAUAAAACCAAUGGAAAAGGAGAUCUCUGAGUUACUUGGAAAGAUAAAGAAUAUGGAGCAGUUUGAAGAAAUACAUCAACAGCUGCAGCAUUUUAAAAAGAAACUAGCUUGGUCGUGGGUAUAUGAUGUGGAUAGGCAGCUCAAGGAACAGACUGAGAAGAUUGUGAAACUCAGAGAACGAGUGCCUACUUGUCAAGAUAAAAUUGAUCAAAAACUGGGUGAGGUGGAAUCUUUAAGCGAAAACUUGACCAAGAAGAAAGCUGAAGUUGCAUGCCUGAUGGAUGAAUCAACUGCGAUGAAGAGAGAGAUAGAGUGUGUGCGGCAAUCAGCCAAGAUGGCUGCAAGAGAGAAGAUUGCUCUUGAAGAAGAAUACCGUCACAAGUUGAAUAGCGUUCAGAAGAUUAAAGAUCAUGUCACGAGGCUUCAACGGCAGAUUAAAGAUAUUGAUGAAAUGGCUAUAAGAAGCACACAGGCUGAACAAUCUGAAAUCGAAGAAAAAAUGAAUCAGCUAAAGCUAGAGGUUGAGAAGGGUGAAUCAUUGCUUUCCAGUUUGAAAGAGGAAGAGAACAUAAUAAAAGAGAAAGCAUCAGUCGGAGAGAAGGAGAUGGAACACAUAGAGAAUAUGAUUAGAGACCGUGAAAAGAAGCAAAGAAACAUAAACACGCACAUCAAUGAUCUGAAGAAACAUCAAACAAAUAAGGUUACUGCGUUUGGAGGGGACAGAGUCAUUACUCUUUUGCGGGCGAUUGAAAGAAAUCAGCACAGAUUUAAAAUGCCACCUAUUGGUCCAAUUGGUGCUCAUGUGACAUUGGUCAAUGGCAAUAAAUGGGGGUCUACAGUUGAACAAGCUCUUGGCAACCUCCUGGAUGCCUUUAUUGUGACUGAUCAUAAAGAUUUAGUCACUUUGCGAGGCUGUGGAAAGGAAGCAAAUUAUAACGAUCUGAAGAUUAUCAUCUAUGACUUUUCAAGACCAAGGUUAAUUAUACCAAGGCACAUGCUUCCUCAAACGGAACACCCAACUAUUCUCUCUGUCUUGCACUCUGAGAAUCCCACUGUUCUUAACGUCUUGGUGGAUUUGAGUGGUGUGGAAAGGCAAGUGCUUGCAGAGAGUUAUGAGAUUGGCAAGACAGUUGCCUUUGAGAGAAGGCUCGAGAAUCUGAAGGAGGUCUACACUAUGGAUGGAUACAGAAUGUUUUCUCGUGGGCGUGUUCAGACAACCCUUCCACCCCGUCCUCCUCGAAGACAUACUCGACUGUGUGCUUCUUUCGAUGACCAAAUCAAGGAUCUUGAAACAGAGGCCUCAAAAGAACAAAGUGAGAUACAUGAAUGA